CACCAAAACAGCACACAAAGUAAAAACAAUUCACAAGCGGAAAGCGAGAAUUUUCUGGAAAAUCCGUGAAAAUCGGUGAAAAAUUCAUUUGCUCUCUUUUCAGACAUUAGAAUUUGGUAGAGAUUGUUGAAAGGAUGGACGCCAAAAUCGAGGAACUGAAGAAAGAUCUGGAAGAAUUGGGAAAGCUGCAGGAUUUGGCUAUCCGGCAGCGCGUGAAGAAUGCCUUGGGGCUGGAGAAACGACGCUGGGAGACUGAAUUGUCGACUCUUCUGCAAAAUCAACAUAAUUCCGGCCAGCCAGCAUCCAGUGGGGUCCUUUCCGGACCAAAGAGGUACGUCAUGGAGCUGACUAACUACGCUUUUGACCAGAGCGAUGCCUUCGUUAAGAUCUUCGUGACUCUGGAUGGGGUACAGAAGGUUCCGGAAGAUGGAGUAAUUGUGGACUUUACGGAAAAGUCCCUAAAUCUCACGGUAAAGGAUCUCAAUGGGCGAGACUAUAGUUUGGUCGUGAAGAACUUGCUGGAAGCCAUUGAUGUGACAAAGAGCUACCGGAAAAUCAAGACUGAUCUUGUUGCGAUCUAUAUGAAGAAGGCAGUUCAGGGAUUACGAUGGGAUUGCUUGACGAGCACGGAGAAGAAAGUGAAGGAUAUCAAGGAAAACGCCGUCUCGGAAACGGCAGAAGAUGAGACGGAGGAUUCCAAGGAUCCAUCGGCGGGAAUAAUGAAUAUAAUGAAGAAAAUGUACGAAUCUGGAGAUUCAGACACAAAGAGGAUGAUUGCCAAGGCAUGGACAGAGGCACAGGAGAAACGCGACACCGGAUUCCAAGUUCCGGAACUCUAGGGGGCAGCCAAAAUGUAAAGUCGGGAAUUCCACAAGGCCAUGAAGCCUUUUAAUAUUAAAAUGUAUUAAUCAUUUUUUAUUAUAAAUAAAAUAUAUCCGGAAGCUAA